CAAAGCAAAUUUGAAAUUCCUUUUAUACUAUUUCAACUUCUAUAGCCCUAGAAAGUUGAAAAUGUUUUUAUCAUGUGUUUGUACACUGUUACAGUAUUUGAUAUAGUAAUGCUGUUCCCUUCACUAACCUACAGUAAACUAAAGAAUCACUGAAUUUUUGAUUGAAUGAUCAGCUAAUUUAUUGAAGGACCAUGAAAUCAGUGAGACUUCUCUCAACUGACCAUGCACGAGACAUGAAUAUUUGGCCAGUUUAGGGAGGAAUUGAUUUGUAGAAGUGAAGCAAGUUGACCGAACCAGCCUCUCAUAGAACUGAACUCUGUAUCGGUACUUAUUUUCACUUUAACCACAGCAGUUUCUCACUUCGAUGAAAUGGACUCGUUUGAUAGGUUUCAAAUUGUCAUUUGCGAUAUCUAUAGCAUAUGUUAAUUUUAUAUUCCCUUCGAUCAGGGUAGGCCUUGUGUACAAAGCCCACCUGUGACAGGCCAAAAGCUUACAAGUGUCACUACAGGUGUUGAUUUCACGGUCCACUGGUCGGAACUCCAGUCUUUAUCGUUGAGAUCAGGUUGGUUUUCAAGAAAGGUUUUUCAGAAUAUUUCAAUCAUUUUGGACUUAACAUCGGAUUGGUACUCGGAAUUAAAGGAUUGGUAGGGAAGGUUUUUAUCAUUAUAAUAAAGAGGAUGUCAUGUUCAACCCUCAGAUAUCUAGAGCUGAUUUCAUGUUCAACCCUCAGAUAUCUAGAGCUGAUAUCAUGUUAAACCUUCAGAUAUCUAGAGCUGAUAUCAUGUUCAACCCUCAGAUAUCUAGAGCUGAUAUCAUGUACAACCCUCAGAUAUCUAGAGUUGAUAUCAUGUUCAACCCUCAGAUAUCUAGAGCUGAUAUCAUGUUCAACCCUCAGAUAUCUAGAGCUGAUAUCAUGUUCAACCUCAGAUAUCUAGAGCUGAUUUCAUGUUCAACCCUCAGAUAUCUAGAGCUGAUAUCAUGUACAACCCUCAGAUAUCUAGAGCUGAUAUCAUGUACAACCCUCAGAUAUCUAGAGCUGAUAUCAUGUUCAACCCUCAGAUAUUUAAAGCUGAUAUCAUGUACAACCCUCAGAUAUCUAGAGUUGAUAUCCUGUUCAACCCUCUGAUAUCUAGAGCUGAUAUCAUGUUAAACCAAAAGAUAUUUAAAGCUGAUAUCAUGUUCAACAUGAAGAUAUCUAAAGCUGAUAUCAUGUUCAACCCUCAGAUAUUCAAAGCUGAUAUCAUGUUAAACCUGAAGAUAUUUAAAGCUGAUAUCACGUUCAACCCUCAGAUAUCAAGAGCUGUAUCCUGUUCAACCCUCUGAUAUUUAAAGCUGAUAUCAUGUUCAACCCUCAGAUAUUCAAAGUUGAUAUCAUGUUCAACCCUCUGAUAUCUAGAGCUGAUAUCCUGUUAAACCCUCAGAUAUCUAGAGCUGAUAUCCUGUUAAACCUUCAGAUAUCUAGAGCUGAUAUCAUGUUCAACCCUCAGAUAUCUAGAGCUGAUAUCAUGUACAACCCUCAGAUAUUCAAAGUUGAUAUCAUGUUCAACCCUCAGAUAUCUAGAGCUGAUAUCCUGUUAAACUCUCUGAUAUCUAGAGCUGAUAUCCUGUUAAACCCUCUGAUAUCUAGAGCUGAUAUCCUGUUAAACCCUCAGAUAUCUAGAGCUGAUAUCCUGUUAAACCUUCAGAUAUCUAGAGCUGAUAUCAUGUUCAACCCUCAGAUAUCUAGAGCUGAUAUCAUGUUCAACCCUCAGAUAUCUAGAGCUGAUAUCCUGUUAAACCCUCUGAUAUCUAGAGCUGAUAUCCUGUUAAACCCUCAGAUAUCUAGAGCUGAUAUCCUGUUAAACCUUCAGAUAUCUAGAGCUGAUAUCAUGUUCAACCCUCAGAUAUCUAGAGCUGAUAUCAUGUUCAACCCUCAGAUAUCUAGAGCUGAUAUCAUGUUCAACCCUCAGAUAUCUAGAGCUGAUAUCAUGUUCAACCCUCUGAUAUCUAGAGCUGAUAUCAUGUUAAACCCAAAGAUAUCUAAAGCUGAUAUCAUGUUCAACCUCAGAUAUCUAGAGCUGAUAUCAUGUUCAACCCUCAGAUAUCUAGAGCUGAUAUCAUGUUCAACCUCAGAUAUCUAGAGCUGAUAUCAUGUUCAACCCUCUGAUAUCUAGAGCUGAUAUCAUGUUAAACCCAAAGAUAUCUAAAGCUGAUAUCAUGUUCAACCUGAAGAUAUCUAAAGCUGAUAUCAUGUUCAACCCUCAGACAUUUAAAGCUGAUAUCAUGUUCAACCCUCAGAUAUCAAGAGCUGUAUCCUGUUCAACCCUCUGAUAUCUAGAGCUGAUAUCAUGUUAAACCCAAAGAUAUCUAAAGCUAAUAUCAUGUUCAACCUCAGAUAUCUAGAGCUGAUAUCAUGUUCAACCCUCAGAUAUCUAGAGCUGAUAUCAUGUUCAACUCUCAGAUAUCUAGAGAUGAUAUCAUGUACAACCCUCAGAUAUCUAGAGCUGAUAUCAUGUUCAACCCUCUGAUAUCUAGAGCUGAUAUCAUGUUAAACCCAAAGAUAUCUAAAGCUGAUAUCAUGUUCAACCUGAAGAUAUCUAAAGCUGAUAUCAUGUUCAACCCUCAGACAUUUAAAGCUGAUAUCAUGUUCAACCCUCAGAUAUCAAGAGCUGUAUCCUGUUCAACCCUCUGAUAUCUAGAGCUGAUAUCCUGUUAAACCCUCAGAUAUCUAAAGCUGAUAUCAUGUACAACCCUCAGAUAUCUAAAGCUGAUAUCAUGUACAACCCUAAGAUAUCUAGAGCUGAUAUCAAUCAUUAUCUUGCCAUGUUAAGACCUUAUUUGAAGUAUUGUCUUAUAACAACCCAGGGAGUUUAACACAUACUCAUUCUGUUGAUUUUGGAUGGCCUCUAUAGAUGACACUUUUAUCAGCAUUUAAUGCUAGCUAUUUUAAGUGAUCACAGAAUACCCGUUAAAUGACAUUAAAAAAAAUAAUGUCCUUUCACAAUGUCAGCUUUUUAUAACAUUAUCAAACAUUAAAUUUCUGUGUAGAAUUUCAGACAACACUAAAACUACUUACAAUCCUUGUGCUAUUUUUAUGCCAGUUCUAAGAGCUAGGGUUGAAAUAGUUGUUAGUGGUAUUCUUUUGGAAAUGUUCAAAAACAACAAAUAGACUUGUUGAAAUUAACAAAUUGCAAAAGUUCAAGUUGUAUAAUAAUUGUACAAAACAAUAAAAACACUCAUUUCUCUGUCUGAGAAGAGCGAAUGGUGACGCAGCUUUGUCAAAAUGAGUUUUAUAUUACAUGCCUAAUCUUAGUCUGAUUGUUACAAAUAUCUCUCAUAUGUUGUACCUCAGUCUUCAGUCAUUUGUCUUGUGUUGCCAAAUUGGUUACUCGUGACCUGUGUGUCAGUGAAGAAAAAUGAACAGUGAAGCUGCUGUGUGAGAGGAUGUCAGAGACAGGCUUGUAAAUGUUGUUGCUAAGUUUUUCCCUUAAUCAUUGUUUUGUUUCUGUCCGUGAAAUAAAAGCAAUGAAUGUUC